AUGAAUACCGCCUCCGUCUCGCAAGAACAGGAGAAACCGUGGCACGCCCACUUCCCCGCCCCACGAGAGACAGCGCCCAAGGCCAUCACGCGUGAGGACCUGCUGGACCGCUUCCGGCAGGGCCAGCGUGGCGGGCGAGAUUUCCUGCUCGUCGAUCUGAGGAGGAACGAUCAUGCGGGCGGCACGAUCACCCACUCCCUCAACCUCCCCGCGCAGACGCUCUACCCGUCGCUCGCGACGCUGUACACCCUGUGCACCGCGGCCCACAUCCCGCUGGCCAUCUUCUACUGCGGCAGCUCGGGCGGCCGCGGGACCCGAGCCGCCGGCUGGCUGGCCGCUUACAUCGCCGACCAGGCCGGCCCCGCAGCGACCGCGACCGCGACCACGACCCCGACACUCCAGAGUGUCAUCCUCAAGGGCGGCGUCAAGGGCUGGGUGGCCGGCGGGGACGAGUUCACGGCGUGGAUGGAUGGGUUUGAGCCCGAGGCGUGGAAGAAGGAGGGCGAGUAG